AUGGAGCUUCUUCCCUAUUUGAGGAAUGUCCGGUUCAACAACAGUGCUGGAGAAGAAAUCUCACUCUCAGAAAAUGGGCUGGGAUCUGCUAGUUAUGAUAUUCUCAACUGGGUUUCCAUUCACAAUAAAUCAAUGGCUCUGGUGAAAGUUGGGCAAAUCGAUCCUGGGGCUCCCCCAGGCCAAGUUUUCACUAUUAACUCUGAUGCAAUCGUCUGGCCCACAAAGGUUCAGAUUCAUGGAAGUCAAAAACUCAACUUCAAAGUCCAUCUUCUCUGUGGAUUAACAAUGAAAGACGUAGACUACAAAAAUCUUCCAAGACCUAUAUUAAAGAACUACCAGCAGUUCUUAGCCUUGAUGUUUGCAGUUACAGAGGUCAACAAGGAUCUGGUUCUCCUCCCCAACAUCACACUUGGCUUCCAAGUCUAUGAAAAUAGUAAGAUUCAAAAACACAUUACAUUUUAUAGCCUUUCCCUUCUCUCUACACGAGGCCGCAUGGUUCCAGGUUAUAAAUGUGACUGGCAAGACACUCUGUUAUCUGUCAUUGGAGGUGAUAAUGCCAAAUCCUCAAGUAUGAUGGCCUCCAUCUUCAGCAUCCUGAAGGUCCCACAGCUUGGUGUUGGCUUUGAACUCACUCAGGGAGACAGAAGAGUUUAUCCUUCCUUCUUCCGGAUUAAUCCCAAGGAAUCUCCUCAGUACAUGGGCUUAGUCCAGCUGCUCCUGUAUUUCCAGUGGAACUGGGUUGGAUUUUUGGCCUCUGAAAGUCUCUAUGGAGAAUCUUUCAUCUCAUCUCUGAUGCCGAUGCUCAAGGAGAAGGAGAUCUGCCUGGCCUAUGCAGAAAUGUUGAUUCUUCCCUAUUUGAGGAAGGUCCAAUUCAACAACAGUGCUGGAGAUGACGUCCAGCUCUCAGAAGAUGGACUGGGAUCUGCCCGUUAUGAUCUUCUCAACUGGGUUCUCCUCCCCAAUGAAUCACUUGUCUCUGUGAAAAUUGAGCAAAUAGAUCCUGAAACUCCUCUAGGCCAGGAUUUGAAUAUUAAUUCUGAUGCAAUUGUCUGGGCCCCAAAGAGCUCCUCGGUAAACCAGGGUGCUACCCGGGAUCGCCACCGGGUCAGAGGCCGCAAAGAUGCAGCUCACUGUGAACCCUGCCCAGAAGACCAAUAUCCCAAUAAGGAGAAGGACCAAUGCAUUGCCAAGAAGAUCCACUUCCUUGCCUAUCAAGAGACCCUGGGAUACACUUUGGCUUCUCUAGCUCUUUUCCUUUCUCUGAUCACAUCUGCAGUACUGGUGAUUUUCCGUAAACAUCAUGACACACCAAUAGUCAAGGCUAACAACCGAGAUCUCACCUACAUCCUCCUGGUCUCCCUUCUGCUCUGCUUCCUCUCUUCCUUCCUUUUCAUUGGUCGACCUGGGAAGCUCACCUGUCUCUUUCAACAAGCUGCCUUUGCCAUUCUCUUUUCCCUUGCAGUUUCCUCUGUCUUGGCAAAAACCGUCAUGGUGGUUUUGGCAUUCAUGGCCACCAAGCCUGGAAACAGGACAAGGAAAUUCUUAGGAAAAUCACUCACCAACUCCAUUGUCUUAGGCUGUCCCUUGGUCCAAGCACUUAUUUGUACCAUUUGGCUGAGAACGUCUCCCCCAUUUCUCAACUUGGACUUCCACUCCUUGUUUGGAGAAAUCAUCUUAGAAUGUAAAGAAGGCUCAGCUUUAAUGUUUUACACUGUCCUUGGCUAUCUGGGUUUUUUGGCCCUCAACAGUUUCACUGUAGCCUUUCUGGCUAGAAAAUUGCCUGACAGCUUUAAUGAAGCCAAAUUCAUUACUUUUAGCAUGCUGGUCUUUUGCAGUGUUUGGAUCACUUUCCUCCCCACCUACCUGAGUACCAAAGGGAAGUUCAUGGUGGUUGUGGAGAUCUUCUCUAUCUUGGCCUCUGGGGCUGCUCUCUUGGCUUGUAUCUUUUUCCCCAAAUGCUACAUUAUUCUACUGAGGCCCCAUCUUAACUGUAGGGAAAAUAUGAUAAGAAACAAAAAUAUCUAA